CCAAAAAAGUAGCUUAUUAGACCAUGAGGAGAGAGAGAGAGAGAGAGAGAGAGAGGAGAGAGACGAAUGGCUUCGUCGUCGAGCAGUGGACUGACAUUCAAGCUCCACCCACUGGUAAUAGUAAACAUCUCCGAUCACUACACCAGACUCAAGUCUCAGUCUCAACCUCCACCUCCUCACAACCACCGCAACGGCGGCGAAUCCACUACCACCACCUCUCCUCCUCCGCCUCCUCCGCCGAGGGUCUUCGGCUGUGUCAUUGGCGUCCAGAGGGGACGGACGGUCGAGAUCUUUAACAGCUUCGAGCUCCUCUACGAUCCCUCCUCGCACUCUCUCGACCGAUCGUUCCUCGAGAAGAAGCAAGAACUUUAUAAGAAAGUAUUUCCCAAUUUUUAUAUACUGGGAUGGUAUUCUACGGGGAGUGAAGCUGAAGAAUCAGAUAUGCAUAUCCACAAAGCUUUGAUGGAUAUUAAUGAAAGCCCUGUUUAUGUUCUUCUCAAUCCUUCAAUCAAUCAUGCACAGAAGGAUCUUCCAGUGACUAUCUAUGAAAGUGAGCUGCAUGUCAUAGAUGGGAUUCCACAGCUUAUUUUUGUUCGUUCUAGCUACACUAUUGAGACCGUAGAAGCCGAACGGAUCUCAGUUGACCAUGUUGCCCACCUUAAACCAUCUGAUGGAGGUUCUGCUGCAACUCAAUUGGCUGCUCACCUUACGGGUAUACACAGUGCCAUCAAGAUGCUUAAUAGUAGAAUCAGAGUGCUUCACCACUAUCUUCUCGCUAUGCAGAAAG